CGACAGUCGCGGGUUGUGGGGGUUGCAUACUGCCGUUAGCUGGUGUUGCAAUUCCCCAUGAUUUUAGUCGUAAUUGUUGUGCAAAUUGAUUAUUUUUUGUAAUUUAACUAUGGGGUCUCAGAAGCCCGACGCACAGAGCUCCCCGUCCACCAAAAGCAAUCCCAAACCGUACGGAAAUGUGUUGCUUACGCUCAAGAAUUGUUUGUUGCCUGAAGAGAGGCUGUCCCCGACGCCAUCCCAAUUAGAUGGUUUAGAUAGAGAAACUGAAACAGAUCUUAGGAUUUUAGGAUGUGAACUCAUUCAAACUGCCGGAAUUUUGCUCAGGCUACCUCAGGUAGCAAUGGCCACAGGGCAAGUGAUCUUUCAAAGAUUUUAUUAUUCAAAGUCAUUUGUCCGACAUGGAAUGGAAACCACGGCCAUGGGCUGUGUUUGUCUUGCCUCUAAAAUUGAAGAGGCUCCUCGAAGGAUAAGAGAUGUCAUCAACGUGUUCCACCACAUCAAACAAGUUAAAAGCCAGAAGACCAUCACUCCCGUGAUCAUUGACCAGGCUUAUUCUGUUCUGAAGACGCAAGUCAUCAAAGCUGAGCGUAGAGUUCUCAAAGAACUUGGGUUCUGUGUGCAUGUCAAACAUCCUCACAAGAUUAUUGUGAUGUAUUUGCAAGUUUUGAACUAUGAAAAACAUCAGUCAUUCAUGCAAUUGGCUUGGAAUUACAUGAACGAUUCCUUAAGAACAGAUGUCUUUUUGCGGUACCAUCCUGAAACUGUUGCCUCUGCCUGUAUCUAUCUUACUGCGAGAAAAUUGAAGAUUGCUUUACCAAAAAGCCCUGCUUGGUGGUCAGUCUUUGAUGUGUCGGAAAGGGAUAUUAAGGAUGUCUGUUUCCGCAUUCUUCGGUUAUAUGAAAGACCCAAGCCUAAUGCUGAUGAACUAGACAAGCGUGUUGAAAUAUUGAAGAAGCAGUAUGAAGAUUCUAGACUAAAAGCCCGACAAGCUCUACCAACUAAUAACAGCAAUAACAACAAUCAAAAUAGUGUAACUGGCUCAGACCCAAAUACACCUCAUGGAAGUCAAAGUCCUUCACCUGAUAAUCUUAGUCAGUCACAUACAAGGUCACGGCCAAGUUCACCAGUGAAGGGCAAAGAAGAUAAGCAUCAUCGAUCAAGUGGCUGGUCUGUGAAUACUGGUCGGAACCAUCACAACAACAAACACAGGAACAGUAGAAGUAGGAGUCGUUCCUCUUCUAGGAGCCCAAAGAGGAAUAAGAGGUCGAAGAAGACCAGGAAGUCACGUUCACCCACUCCUCGCUCGAGAUCAAGAUCACGUUCGCGUACAAGGUCAAGGUCACAGUCCAGAGACAAGCGUAGUAAAAAGACACACAGAAAAUCAAGAAGAAAUAGUUACUCAAGAUCUCCAUCACCGUCACCCCGGGGGAAAAGGGAGAAGAGGUACAAGUCAAGAUCUCGUAGUUAUGAAAAGUCACGUUUGCGUGUCUCAUAAGUCUGUUAAUUUUCAAUUUCCAAAGGGUUCAAUUCCUUUGUACAUGGUGAUACAAAGCAAGAUAUAUUUUCUUCUGAGAUAACAUUUUUCUGAAAUUUACAAUUCAUAUAUUGUCAUUUACCUAGUGAGUCUAAUGGCUGGAAAGAAUCAAUGAAAUCUUUUUAGGCAAUUUAAGCUGUGAAUCCGUAUAGGAAGUAUUUGGUUCUCUUUUUAAUUUUGUGUUUCAGACCUUGUUAAUUUAACUAGACCUCAACAGAUAACAGGCUAAAGAUUGGUUUUGCUUAAUAAUUCUAGCAGAGUUGUACAUUAAUACUAAUGAUAUGAUGUGCCAUCACUGUUGUGAAAUUUAAUGUUCGACCAAUCUAUGCUAAUUGCAGUUUUUUGUUGUUUUACAAAUAUCAAUUUUCUUCCAAGGAAUGACAACCUUUGUCAGUUUCGUUGUCCUUAUCUUGUUGUAUUGUACAUGUGACAUGUCUUGCCUUGUAUCAAUGAAUCCUCACACAUUGGAGAUAUUGUACCUGAUUCUGUGAUGCAUUUUCACCAGCUCUUGCAUAUUCUCAGAAGCUUAGUCAAGAAGUGUAAAUUUGAUCAAUGUGUUUCCAUUUUAUUUCCCUCGUAUUUUUUUGACGAUAUACUUACUCAAAUAGUAAAGGAACUAUUUUCUACAGAGCAGUAUUCAAUUUGAAGUGAUUAUUCUUGGACUUUGUUGACGAUUGGUGGGUUAAAUAGUCUUCUUGCAAAGAAAUUUUUGUUAAAACUUAAACACAAAAUAAUAUUACCAUUGCAAUUGGUUAAACUGCCCUAUUAUAUUGUAAUUGAAGUAUCAGGCAAAUUAUCACCUCUGCAGUUAAAUCCUGAAUGGUUUAUGAACUCAAAUAAAACUCCUGCAGAUGAUCAAUCAUUUCUAAUCAUUGAGGUGCAAUGUACGACAUUAUGUCUUUCACAGGCUGGCUACUGUAAAUGAGCAUUUGACUUAUGUCUUACUGUGUUAUUUAAUUUAAGCAUCUUAAAACCUAGCUCUGUUUGGAGUGUCUGUGAAUAUAGUACUAUUUUUAUCUUGUACAGGAUGAUUGGAGGAUGUGGUGCUGAUUUGGCAUCAAAAAAUAAAAGAGUACGUAAUUUUUUUAA